CUCUAGAGGAAAGAAAGAUUUGUCUUCACAAAUAUCUGAAUAGUGACAGCACAAUGGACACUUUUUAGAGUUCUACAGAAAUCAAAAACCAUCUAGGAACAAAAACGUUGGACUUCGAGGAAUAACAGACUUUAGAGAGCCCAGAAAUUGGUCACUGAAACUCGAUUUGGCCAUACAGCUUGGGAAUGAAUACCAUUGAGACAGCAAAGCUUGAAGAGCAUAUGGAGGGUCAAAACAAUGACACUUCUAAUGGCUACUCACGACCUACUCUCUCAGUCAGUGAAGAGAACAAAAAUGGCACUAGCAAACCAAAGGGCUUGUCUAAUGGCUUGCGAAAAACAGCAAAGAAAUAUCCUGAUUACAUCCAGAUUGCUAUGCCUGCUGAGUCUAGGAACAAAUUUCCUCUGGAAUGGUGGAAAACAGGCAUUGCCUUUGUCUAUGCUCUCUUCAACUUGAUUCUAACAACUGUCAUGAUCACUGUGGUCCAUGAGAGAGUACCUCCAAAGGAGCUAAGCCCUCCCCUGCCUGACAAAUUUUUUGAUUACAUUGAUCGUGUGAAAUGGGCUUUUUCUGUAUCAGAAAUAAAUGGAAUGAUACUAGUUGGGUUAUGGAUAUUCCAGUGGUUGUUUCUUAGAUACAAAUCAAUAGUGGGACGGAGGUUCUUUUUUAUAAUAGGAACUUUGUAUCUGUACCGCUGUGUUACUAUGUACGUUACCACCUUACCUGUGCCUGGAAUGCAUUUUCAAUGUGCACCAAAGUUGAAUGGAGAUUCUCAGGCAAAGGUUCAGAGGAUUCUGCGACUGAUUUCUGGUGGUGGUCUAUCCAUAACUGGAUCACAUAUCCUAUGCGGAGACUUCCUGUUUAGUGGUCACACUGUGGUAUUAACGCUGAUCUACCUGUUCAUCAAAGAGUAUUCACCACGUCAUUUCUGGUGGUAUCACUUAAUCUGCUGGCUAAUGAGUGCUGCUGGCAUAAUUUGUAUCCUUGUUGCUCAUGAACACUAUACCAUAGACGUCAUCAUUGCUUACUAUAUCACCACACGGCUUUUCUGGUGGUACCACUCAAUGGCUAAUGAAAAGACUUUAAAGGUCUCUUCGCAGACAAAUUUUCUCUCUCGAGCAUGGUGGUAUCCAAUAUUUUAUUUCUUCGAGAAGAAUGUGCAAGGCUCUGUUCCUUGCAGCUUUUCCUGGCCGAUAUCUUGGCCUCCCAGCUGCUUCAAAUCUUCAUGCAAAAAGUAUUCACGGGUUCAGAAGACAGGAGAGGACAAUGAAAAAUCUACCUGAAGAAAAGAAGGAAAGCAUCUGCUCUUUUUUUUUUUUUUUUUACCAAGACAUUAACGCUGUAACCAAAGUUCUUAAGAGGACUACACUGUAACUGAAGACGUGGACCAAGCUUCUGUGCAAUUGAUUGGAAAGACAAUUGUAGACA